UCGUAUAGAGAUGCACCACUGCAUGUGCAUUAGGAUACCGGCUCUGGGAUACAUCACGAGAAGUUUCGGCUAAACAGAUAAAAGCGGCUCUGAACGGCUCGACGUUCUCACGGAAUGGGGGGCUUGUGUUAUUAGUUACAGACAGUUCAGUAAAUGGAAAUGAAGCGGUAUUUUUUUAGAGCGUGACGGCAUUUCUGACAGAGGACACGGAGUUUGACUGUAAUGAAAUGUACCAGCGUUACUACCAGCCUUACUGCCCGCCUUACUGCCAGCGUCAGAUGACUUUCUUGUAAAGCCCGACUUGCAGUGUCAGUCCAGCAAUGCAGUUUGGAGUGCCGUUUAGCGUCCUCCGAGGGUGUGUGCGACACUGUAGAAGCUGUUCUUCACCAGCAUGCGGAUGGAGAGCACAAUGGAGAAGGAGCUACAGCUUCCUUAAAGAUGAUGUGAAGUCGCUUCGAGCUGUGGUAAACCCAGACAUCUCAAAAAUUCGGAACAUUGGCAUCAUGGCCCACAUAGAUGCUGGGAAGACCACAACCACGGAGAGGAUGCUCUAUUACUCUGGCUAUACCCGUGCCCUCGGAGAUGUGGAUGAUGGGGACACUGUAACAGAUUAUAUGGCUCAGGAGAGAGAACGGGGAAUUACUAUCCAGUCAGCUGCAGUCACCUUUGACUGGAAGGAGUACAGAAUUAACCUUAUAGACACACCAGGCCAUGUGGAUUUUACUCUGGAAGUUGAGAGAGCUCUGCGUGUGCUAGAUGGAGCUGUGGCUGUGUUCGAUGCUUCAGCAGGAGUGGAGGCACAGACAUUAACCGUAUGGCGACAGGCAGACAAACACAAAAUACCGUGUGUGUGCUUCCUAAACAAAAUGGACAAACCAGGUGCCAGCCUGAGUUAUUCUUUAGAAAGCAUCAAGACAAAACUGAAGGCCAACCCUGUUCUUCUUCAGAUUCCCAUUGGCUCUGGAAAAGGCUUUAUUGGAUUGGUGGACUUGAUCACCAAGCAGCGAAUGGUAUGGCAGGGGAAGUCUUGGGCAGACGAUGGGCGUCUUUUUGAGAGCAGAGUCCUUGAGCCCACAGAUGAUCCAGAACUACUGGAAGAAGUCGACCAAGCCAGAGGAGGUCUCAUAGAACAGGUAGCAGAUCUGGAUGACGAGUUCGCUGAGCUUCUUCUAGGAAAAUACAGCGACAACUUUGAUGCAGUGCCUGCUGGAAAAUUCCAGGAGGCCGUGAGGAGAGUGACGCUGGCUCGUAAAGGAGUGCCUGUGUUGUGUGGCAGCUCUUUAAAGAAUAAAGGGGUUCAGCCGCUGUUGGAUGCCAUCACAGCAUAUCUUCCUGCACCCAAUGAGAGGAACCAUGACCUGGUGCGCUGGUAUAAAGACGACUUGUGUGCAUUGGCAUUUAAAGUGGUCCAUGACAAGCAGAGGGGUCCACUGGUGUUUCUGAGGAUCUACUCUGGCACUAUGAAACCCCAAUCCGCAAUAUAUAACAUCAACAGAAAUGGAACAGAAAGAAUGAGUCGUCUGCUGCUGCCGUUUGCAGACCAGCAUGUUGAAAUCCCUUCACUGUCUGCAGGAAACAUUGCCCUGACUGUGGGACUCAAACAGACAGUGACGGGUGACACCAUCGUCUCCUCAAAAGCCUCAGCAGCGGCCGCAGCACGGCGGGCUCAGAAAGGAGCUGAAGAGAAGAGGGGCUCUGCAUUGUCCAAUCGAGAGAGCAGCAGUCUGGUGCUGGCAGGGGUGGAAGUGCCUGAUCCUGUGUUCUUCUGCUCUAUAGAGCCGCCCACCAUGUCCAAACAAGCAGAUCUUGAGCAUGCGUUAAACUGCUUGCAGAGAGAAGACCCCAGCCUGAAGGUCCGAACAGACCCUGACUCUGGACAGACAAUUCUUUGUGGUAUGGGAGAACUUCACAUUGAGAUUUUGCACGAUCGCAUUAAGAGGGAGUACAACAUUGAAACCCACCUGGGACCCUUACAAGUAGCCUACAGAGAGACCAUACUCCAAUCAGUAACUACUACAGAGACUCUGGACCGCACCCUGGGUGAAAAGAGACAUAUUGUAAAUGCAGAGCUAACUGUGAGCCCCUGGUCAGAGUCUGCUACGGGGACUUCCUAUUACAUCGCUUAUGAGGAGGAAGUAGAGGCCCAGAUUUCUGCAGAGGUCAGAGAAGCAGUGGACAGUGGUGUUCAGAGUGGCUAUCUGCAAGGUCCCCUGCUGGGUUACCCUGUGCAGGGUGUAAGCACUGUUAUCCGCAGUGUGCAUGUGGAGCCAGGCACCUCGCUGGCCAUGGUGUCUGCCUGUAUCUCCCGUUGCAUGCUUAAGGCUCUGCAGCAGGCGAGUGGGCAGGUAUUAGAGCCUGUGAUGGCUUUGGAGGUGACCGUCGGGGAGGAAUAUCUGAGCUCAGUGCUUGGUGAUCUUGCCCAGCGCAGAGGAUGUGUCCGUGACAUCCAGAGCCGCCAUGACAACAAGGUGCUUUUGGCUACUGUCCCUCUUGCAGAAAUGAUGGGCUAUUCAACAGUUCUGCGCACUCUGAGCUCAGGGACAGCAACCUUCUCUCUGGAGCUGGCUAGCUAUGAACCCAUGAACCCCCAGGCUCAGACCUCACUGCUCAAUAAGAUGGCUGGACUGUCUUGACGUUACUUCCUUUGGUGUUGUACCUACACUGGUCUUGGCUCUUGUCAUUUAUUGAGAUGAAUUUCCCUUUUAUUUAUUAAUUUCUCAUGUUGAGUUACACAUUAAAACAAGUGGAUCAGACAAUUGUAAUAAAUUACUGAUACAAAGCGA